ACUUUCGUUUUCAUCUACAGGUCAUGCAGGUGGUGAGGGAGCAGAUAAUGAGAGCAUUGACCACAAAGCCUAGUUCUUUGGAUCAGUUCAAAAGUAAACUUCAGAAUCUGAGCUACACGGAAAUACUGAAAAUCCGUCAGUCUGAGAGGAUGAACCAGGAAGAUUUCCAAUCUCGUCCAAUUUUGGAGCUAAAAGAGAAGAUUCAGCCUGAAAUUUUAGAGUUGAUAAAGCAGCAGCGUCUUAAUCGUCUUGUUGAAGGAACCUGCUUUCGGAAGCUUAACAGUCGACGGCGGCAAGACAAAUUUUGGUAUUGCCGUCUCUCCCCGAACCAUAAAGUUUUGCAUUAUGGAGAUUUGGAAGAGAGUCCCCAAGGAGAAGUUCCACAUGAUUCAUUACAGGAUAAGUUGCCUGUGGCAGAUAUAAAAGCAAUUGUUACAGGGAAGGACUGUCCUCACAUGAAGGAGAAGGGAGCCCUUAAACAAAACAAGGAGGUGCUUGAACUUGCUUUCUCUAUACUAUUUGACUCAAACGGACAGCUAAAUUUCAUUGCGCCUGACAAGCAUGAGUACUGUGUAUGGACAGAUGGUCUGAAUGCCCUACUUGGAAAAGAUAUGAUGAGUGAACUGACACGUAACGACUUGGAUACUCUGCUCAGUAUGGAGAUAAAGCUGCGCCUCCUGGAUCUGGAGAACAUACAGAUCCCUGAUGCUCCACCACCUAUUCCAAAGGAGCCAAGCAAUUAUGAUUUUGUAUACGACUGCAACUAAAGCAAUUCUCACUCCUCGGACUUACAACUAACUGGAAGAUUUUUUUUAACGAAAAAAGAGAAAGAACAGGAAGAGAACAAGUGAUGCACAUUGGACUCAUUGUUAUGGUGGGACUGUAAAACAAUUACUUCUCCCUUUGCUUUCUGCCUCUCGUUAUUAUCCAUUGCUAAUGAAAAACACCACUUCCAUUAAUGUUUUUCUGUUGGGCAAGAUCAAAUGAAUGUUCCAGCUUAAAAGGUAUCGCCAAAGGAAUUUUCUUAUUUUUUAAAUGUUGGAGCAUAGUUCCAAAUAAAAGGACAAUACAGUAUGACCUAACAGCACAGUCACAAACCAGAUCCAGCACUGCAGGUGCUUUAACAAGAGGAAAAGAAGUAGAGAAGAGAUAAAGCUACAGUAAAUGAGGUAGUGAGAGUUGUCUCCCACCACAGUCACUUCAGAUCUUUGAGUCAACAGGAGAUCUCAGUAAGAAUGAAGAUUAUUAACCACUUGCAGCUUCUACACUGUCGUAGUUGUGAUCCACCACCAUCCUCUUCAUUAACACCAGCAUCAUAAGUCAAGUGACUGUUUUUUUAAAUAAUUCCACAGACCAUGAUGCAGACAUUUGUAGUCCCUUAAUCGCCUUAGUAUCUCAUCUGAAAUGUCCACACCUUUAACAAAGCCACUUGCUCUUUAUGUCCUGUUGUACAAUUAUAUAUCACUAACUGAAAGCAGUGGGCAUUUUUUAGUCCAGGCUGUGGUUGAUUAUUUUGUUUGCAAAAUGGCAGAUGCCAUAGAUACCGAAAAUGCUGUGUGUUCAGGAUUAUGUUAUAGAAAUGUGCAGAGUAUUAUAAAUUUGCAGGGGACUUGGAUUUGUAUAAAACAUUGGAACAAUACUUGCCAAAUAUAUAUUUAAUUGAAAACAAAAUUAUAUUGUGUGUACUUUAUUAA